UUUUGAGACAUCAGAACCUAAAUGCCAAAGACAUCUAUGACGACACACUUGCUAGUGUUGUUUCUUGCAGUGGUGGUUCUCACCACUUCUUCCAGUGCUAAUUAUCAAUAUGAGAAGCCUCCUCCUAUUGAGAAGCCUCCUCUUCAACCCCCUCCAAUAGAGAAGCCACCCCCAGAACACAAACCACCGACUCCAGUUUAUCAAAAGCCUCCUCCCAUCGUGAAACCACCCCCAGAACACAAGCCACCUACCCCAGUUUAUCAAAAGCCUCCUCCCAUCGUGAAGCCUCCCCCAGAACACAAGCCACCCACCCCAGUUUAUGAAAAGCCUCCUCCCGUCGUGAAGCCACCCCCCGAGCACAAGCCACCAACCCCAGUUUAUGAAAAGCCUCCUCCCGUCGUAAAGCCACCCCCAACCCCAGUUUAUCAAAAGCCUCCUCCAGUCGUGAAGCCACCCCCAGAGCACAAGCCACCAACCCCAGUUUAUCAAAAGCCUCCUCCAGUCGUGAAGCCACCCCCAGAGCACAAGCCACCAACCCCAGUUUAUCAAAAGCCUCCUCCCGUCGUGAAGCCACCCCCAGAGCACAAGCCACCCACUCUUCCUCCCAUUGUAGAGGCACCGCCAAAGCACCCGCCAUUGCCACCUUAUGGUCAUGACUAUCCAGGACACCCUCCAGUCGAGAAGGGUCAAGACCCCCACAAACCACCCCAGAAGGAUUUACCUCCUCCAGCACCGUACAAGAAGCCACCUACCAAUGCCUAAUCUGGCCCUCCAGCCUUCAUCACCUAUUAAAUAAGAGCGUAGCAGUACUCAUGAUUAUAUAUGCGUCCAAGCUUGUGUCAUGUUCUGUUCGUCUAUAGCUAGCGGAUGAUUGCUCAAUUCACAUUGCUCAUUAAUUACAGUGUUGCUUCUACUUGUAACUGCUGAGCAAAUCCGAAUUUCAAGUUUAAUGCAGUGAAUUUCAUCUUCAGUAUUAAUUUAUAGCAAUUCAUAAUA